GUCUGACCAUAAACACCAAAUGAAACCGAAAUCUGUGGAAGUACUUUGCGUUUAAAAGCGUCUUUAUAUACAUAAUUUUUACGGAAAGUAUGGACCGAUAUUUAUAAAGGACUAUGUGGGGAAAGUGGAACCUAUGGAAAAUAAAUCACUGGAUGUCUCUAUGAAGGCAGAUAAAACACGACUGCUGGAAUGACCUAAAUCUGAAUCCGAGAGACAUUGCACAAUGUCUGCGAUAACAAGUAUACUUGCAUUCACUGUUCUGUUUAACCUAGUGUUAUGCAUGGAAAUACCUGCCCCGGAACAUCUAAACCUGUCGUCCAAAUAUUUUGUCCACUUGUUGUCUUGGAAAAUGGGGCCAGGCUGUCCUGAUGGUGUCCACUACUCAGUCAGAAUAAAAACUCUCAGUGGGAGUAUGGUGGUGGUGAAGGCCUGUGAAAAUGUGACAUCCCCUUUACUAUGUAAUCUUACAGAAGCCUUUUCAAAUGUGGAGGAAACCUAUUACAUUAAUGUGUCUGCCGCUCUAGGCAGCCAUAUGUCACCAAAUUCCUCCUGUGGCCCAUUCAAACCCAUUCAUAACACUAUUUUAGAGCCACCACUAGUGACAAUCACAGUCUGUAAUCAAUCACUGUGUGUAAGUCUCAGAGCACCUGCUGAGAAGUUCUCCAGCAUUUACAAGUCAUUCAAGUAUAGACUGAUGGUCAGCAGUGAAGAUGGAACAGAGUUUCCUGUGGAUAUGGAAGGGUUAGAGAAUGUAACCCUUAAGUACCUGGCCCCUGGCCAAAGGUACUGUGUGACUGUCAGUAUCAUUGAUCGAAGCCCACCCAACAGACCACCAGUAUGUGCCUCAACCCCUAAAACAGCAAAUGUUUCAGAUGCAGUUAUCUCUGUCAUUGUUUGUCUGCUGAUGGUGAUAUUAAUGAUGUGCACUCCAAGACUUGUUGUUCACUUCUUUUGUCUAAAAGCAGAUCUUCCAGCCGUUCUGGACUCGUAUAAGGGUAUAAAUAAUGUUAUUUUUAUCCCUGUUGGUGAACCUAUCAGCGCCCUCUAUGAGGAGAAAGGCAGACUGGAAAAAGAGAUUGAAGGAGAGGCAGAGGAGGAUCUGAAAUAUGAAAAACUUGUGGACCUUUAUCAGACCUUUCAGGGUUCCCCUCUCUCUAUUUUUCCAGUGUCAUCUAGUUCGGAUUUGCUUAUGAAUCAAAGUCCAGAUAAACAGCUGUGCUCCACCUCUUCCAUAAAUGCUCAGAAUUGUCGUUUGAUAGAGUACGAAGGCAGUCGUGUCCAUACUGAGCCAGCUGAACCAACAGCCUCUCCUAGGUGCGAACACUCUGCGCAAGGAACAACUCCACCUCAGAGCUUAUGUUCUGUUGUCCCCCUUGCUUUGGAAAAGCACGACAGUGAAAACAGUACAGAUGUAAACCUGUUUUCUGUGAGGCUAGGAGGAUUUUUAGCAGGGCAACACAAAGUUGAUCCUGAUAAAACCUGCAGGACUAAAGAUGAGCUGGGAUCAUAUCCUCAGAGCCCAGAAGAGACUGCUGUAAAGGGACCUACCUGGAUUUCUGAUGAACGGUCUCAAAACUCUGAAGAUGAGGAUGAAUAUUCAGGGUAUUUAAGUCGAAAUUAAUUUGUUGGAGAAAAUAUACAUUUUACUCGUAUUACUUGGUGACACGAGAAUAUAAAAGCUGCUUUAUAUGCACUGUAUUUUAUACUGUAUUUGUCUUUUUUAUAUGCAUUAAAUUCUAAUGGUGGUAUAACAAAAUUAUCCAUAACUGUAUUGCUCAUAUUUGUCUGAGCGAGGAGAUAGUGUUCCAAGAAUCACUAGCAAGUUUCCAUUCAUUUCAUUUUUCAUUCACAUUUUCUGUAUUUGCUUAAAUAAAUCAUUCUGUUACUUACAAGGAAAAUGUAUGUGUUGGCUAGGCAUUUGAACAUUUCAUCUUAGAAUGUGUCUGUGCAACAAACAUCUUUCUGUUGUUACUGAAGAUAUAUCACACAUUCACCAUUAAA